GUGUUCUGUGUUUUGGAUUUUAAAAAAUAUUUAAUUUAUUCUUUACAAAUUAAAAAAUAUAUAUUGUUAUUAUGUUAGUGGGAAAAUGGACAUCUUCAAAACCCAACCUUCAUUUACCAGUUGUGACACACGGAUGAUCCAACCUCAGUUUUAGAGAGACUGAUUUUAUGACCAAAAUUAUCCUAUUUACACUUUCUAGUACAUGUUGGCACUAGAAUAACUUGUUGCGACUCAUAUCGAUGUCCAUAAGGGUUUUUCAAAGAUAUUCGUUGCUUUUUAAAGGCAGUCGCUCUUUAAGAGGGGUUCCUGCAGAUGCAGUAACGCCCCGAAUAGCGGGCCGCAAUCAGAUCAUUCUCCAUCUCUCGGGAUCCUGCGACAGCGACUUGUCUUGUGCGCAGUAGGGUGUCUGAUUUAAAAUGCCCCGUGCUAUCCGCGAUUCCCCACAAUCGGUACCCAAGGUGGUGCACGUUUUGUUUUUUUGCCCUAGAACUACACACCUGAUUUAAAUAAUCACCAAUCUUUUAUAAUUUCAAUCAACUGUGUCGUGUUAGAGAAAGAAAAAAAGGUGCAUUCUAGACGUCCGAAUGAUACCUGCUUGCAGUGACCAAUUUAAAACGAUGGACAUUAUUCAAGCCAAUAACACCGUCUAAUGUAUGUGCUCCCAUCAGGAUUGGACCGAGUGAAGAAAAGCGAGUGUGUACGGAAACGACCGAAAGGCAUACUGAUAUAACUGGGUUUAGUGCGUAGAUUUGAUAGUGCUCGGUCUUCUGUGGACGGACGGUUUGGCCAGCCAAGAUUGUCUAAAGUGAAAGAAAGAAACAACUGGAUGAUGAGUUAUCAAAGACAGAAUAUGAAGUGUCUUAAAAUAUUGUCUAUAACCGUCGCGCUGUUGAUAGCGCACAGCGCUGCUAUUAUAAGGUAACAUAUUUUCGUCAGUUGCUUGGUUAACGCAAGUAAUUAUUCCUUCGCCAUCCCGUGACGAGUAUAGAAUAGGCUAUCUCUGGGGUAGUUUAAUUUCCUGACGAAUUCCCCUCCACAAGACGCGCAGUAUGCGCCGCCUAAUGAACGACAAUGGGAUGAGUUUUGAACAACUCCAGGACAUGGCCAAGACCGUUGGUGGUGCAGGAGCGGACACACCAACACCCUUACCAGCAACCACUCAGAGCCCGAAAGUGCCAGUUGAGAGACUCACUAACUUCAUGGAUGCUCAGUACUACGGGGUGAUCAGCAUAGGCACACCACCCCAGGACUUUACUGUGCUGUUUGACACCGGCUCCUCCAACCUGUGGGUGCCCUCCAUUCACUGCUCCUUCUUGGAUGUCGCAUGCUGGCUCCACCAUCGUUAUAACUCCAAGAAGUCGAGCACGUACGUUCAGAAUGGCACCAAAUUCUCCAUCCAGUAUGGCAGAGGCAGCUUGUCUGGGUUCAUCAGUGGGGACACUGUCUCUUUGGCUGGUAUGCAGGUCACUGGUCAACAGUUUGGUGAGGCCGUGAAGCAACCUGGCAUCACGUUUGCAGUGGCCCGCUUUGACGGGGUGCUGGGCAUGGGCUACCCUACCAUAUCUGUCGACAAGAUAACCCCUGUGUUUGACACCGCCAUGGCUGCCAAGCUGUUGCCUCAGAACAUAUUUUCCUUUUAUAUUAGCAGGGAGCCAUUUGCUGCUGUAGGAGGAGAGCUGAUGCUGGGAGGCACGGACCCACUGUACUACACUGGAGACCUGCACUAUGUCAAUGUCACACGCAAGGCCUAUUGGCAGAUUGAGAUGAGCAGUGUGGAAGUGGGAAACCAGCUGACGUUGUGCAAGGCCGGUUGCCAGGCGAUUGUUGAUACGGGAACAUCCCUCAUCACCGGGCCUGCGGAGGAGGUCCGGGCGCUGCAAAAAGCCAUCGGAGCCUUGCCUCUACUGAUGGGAGAGUAUUGGAUUGACUGCAAGAAGGUUUCCUCUCUCCCAGUCAUCACAUUCAACCUGGGAGGGAAGAUGUUUAACUUGACUGGAGACGACUAUAUCAUAAUGGGGUCCCAGAUGGGUCAGAAAAUCUGUCUGUCAGGCUUCAUGGCCAUGAACAUCCCCCCUCCGGCUGGACCGUUGUGGAUCCUGGGAGAUGUGUUCAUUGGACGCUACUACAGCGUGUUUGAUAGAGAUGCAGACCGCGUGGGGUUCGCCCCUGCCAAGUAGAGGGGAGAAACCACAAACAACCCCUAGCAACUUGUGGAGAUCUGAAAGGAUUUGAUGGGUACAAGCAAUUUCGUGGUCCUACCAAACCAAGGUGCAGCUAGUACCUAUCAAAUCCCCACAGAUCAUGCUGAAUUAUAGGAGGAAAAAGCACAAAACUCUCAAAAAGAAACUUGUCUUUGCCUAUUUUGCUUCUUUUUGGGGGGGAGAGGGGGCUGGCUAUUUUUUUUUUAACACUUUUUUAAAAACAUUUUUUUUAAGACUAAGUGUCACCAUGUGAGUUUGGUAAAUGAAUAAAUAUUGCAGAUCAAAACUGAUGCGCUGCUGAUGCGCUGCUGAUGCGCUGCUGUAUGCAGUUCAGCUUGGUGUUUUGUAUGAAAACAAAGGAGAUGCAACAGUAAUGCAACCAAUUGUUUUUGGAAAGCAGAAGACUGAAUUCAUAUCGUUGUAGAUUAAACUCUGUUUUUGUAAAAUCAACCAGAAUGUAGAUGUCCAGGGAAUUUGACCAGGGUGCACAAGUUGUAUCAAACUAUUUUUGUAAAACAAUGUCUUGUACACUUGAACUCUUUUUGUAUGUUGACCCCAAGACCAUGACGCUUCCGUUAUAGCCUAAAUAAAAUGGUCAUGCACUACUGCAUCUGAUGAUCCUAAAAUGUAUCAAAAAGAUGUGACACUGAAAAAAGUAUAUUAAAUAAAAAUCUAGUCAUUCUUGUC